AUGCCUGGCAUCGGGUUGACUGUCAAUUUUGGGAAAGUCCAGCAGGAGAAGGACCGCAGCGAAGAUACGGACGGUGGAGCAGCAGUUCGGACACCGGAUACCAGCAUUGAACCAACAUGUUCUGACAAGGAUGCCGCCUCAAUGGAUCACUACUCGCCCGUGGCGCCAGCAUGCAUUCGCGUGCUGGUAUUGCCUGUCGGUCAGAUAGAGCGUGAACGCUUCUCAUCGCUUGUGCGUCGGUUGCAAAGUGAAGCCAGUGUCAUUCCCUUGGCCGAUGUAGAGCAGCGAGGUAACAGCGAAGACUUCUUCCUGUCUCCAAAGGCUUCACCGCGAGGAUCCUUGCUGUACCGCUUCUCAGCCGCGGCGCCCACAGAGCAACAGCAACACUAUUCGCCAUUCGAGUUCUUUCGGGAGCCCUUGAUUGUACUGGGAAUCGUCGACGGUCUGAACAAUGCAGGAGAAGGCAGUAAGAAAGAGCUGGAAGGUGCGGCCGCAUAUUUGCGAGAGCGACAUCCGCGGGUGGUCCAUCGACAACUCGUAGUGUUGGAACAAGGCGACAACGAGAAUGUGGACAGCGUGACCGGCGCGAUUCGGAUCCUCAAUGCGGACACACCGAAAGACACCUCGCUCCGAUAUGCGGUCUGCGACUUGUCGGCACGAUUUCUCGUUGGGUUCACAACCUAUGCGAAAGCGGUGCAAGCAUCGCCAACGAUACAAACACCAGGGCAGACGGCAAAAGGCCUGCAAAGGACUGGCUCUUUAAGAGAAAGCGAGAGGAGGCCAGGCUCCGGACACGGGACGCCUCCACGCAUAUCUGGAGAAAGCAGUGCUUCUAGUCCAGGGCCACUGGGCCGACAACCUCCUGCACCAGCUACAUCUUUCGAUCAGAUACCCCAAGCCAAUGCCACCUCUGCAGCAAGAUCGCGCGCUCACAGCAGAGGUAGCGACCGCAGCAAUCAAAGCAGAGGCAGCGUGCGAGUUUCAAGUCCAGAUCGAGUCGCAGUUCAAGGCUUUGGCUCGGGCACAUCGCAAGAGAAGACUCGCGUUAGAGGGAGAUCUCGCGUCGGCAUCGUCGUAGGUUCGAUAUACAUGAUGUCUGGGCACUGGAACGAGGCCCUUCGCCUCUUCAGUGAACAUACUCUCAUAUCUCAGAAAGUGUCUGAUAGUCUCUGGCACGGCAAAGGCCUAGAGAACAUGCUGGUGUGCAUGAUGCUGCUCGCGUGGUCGAGCGUGGAGUUUGUCAUACCUUCAUUCUGUGACCCAGCUGGUAAGAGGACAAGUACAGGCCGGUUCUCCCGCACGAUGGCGACCGGUACAACUCGAGAGUCGGCGGAAAAUGGUACCGCUGGCUCUGGAAGAAGUCGGCUUUCGUUUGCGAUCCCCGAGAUGGUGAAGCAAAUCCUGGGCUUAUAUCGGUUCAGCGAAGGUGCCUUGGAGCUUCCUUUCCUGAUUCCUGCGGAAGCCAGUAUUCGAUUCUCGAAGCUCUUGGCUGCUCUGAACCACAGCAACGGCGAGUUGCCCUUCGAUCAGCUACAGUCCUUUGUGACAGCUGAUCGUACUAAUAAAGUCGACGUCAAUGUGUCGCAGACGGCGAAAACAAAUGUCGUCGACAAUGCGAGACCAUUCUCCAAAAUCUCGAUCGCAGAGCAUCUCGCCCAGGCUCUCCCGGUCAGCACAGAAGGGCUGCCCACAGGCGAUCACGUUAGACUUCUUGCUGGCCUGGCCUCGACAUACAGUGUUCUCGGACUAGACCGGAAGAAGGCCAUGGUCAUGAAAGAGCUGGUCGCGCAACUUACCGGAGCACUGAUGCAAGCACGAAAGCUGGGAGCUGCUGAGAUGGGCAUACAUCCAGCGGCGAGUCUAUCCACGGACGCUGGCGUUGAUACGCUCCUUGCCAUUGCCCAGGAAAGCGCCGGCAUCUCAGAGCUCAUGGUCGACUUGUGCCACAUCUAUGGAGCAUCUUUCCCACGAAGCGUACGCUCCGACUCGCCGAUAUACCACGACACGAAAGAAUUUGGCAGCAAGCGUAUGAGUGUCGAUCUUCUCAGAGCCCUUGUUGCAUUCUGCGAGGCUUCUCCCGAUCCGCGCGGGACUUUGCUCUUCACGACAACGCUGUUGAGGUUCGCUGGACCCAACGCCGCGAUUGAUGCUGCACCGGAGUCUGUUGCAAAUGCACUCUCUAGAGAAGAGCAGAUGCACCUCGCGACCGUGAUCAACCGUACGGUGGCUGUGUCUCGGAAUCUCGGCCUGCUUGACGUUCAAGCAAAUUAUUGGGACCCAUUCUUGGUCCGUGGCGUUGAGGUAAUGCAACCAACUGGACCGAGGGCUGUCAUCGAUCGAGCUAAGCUCAAUGGCAUGGAAAGUUCGAUUGCUCAGCUCAACCCUGGUAAUCCGUUGCUGUACGAUCCGAAUGCCAGCAGACCCGGUACGGCGAUUGAGCAAAUAUUCGUCCUCGUGCAAGGAGAGCCAUCGCGGUGUAUAGUCACACUGCAGAAUCCGUUUGAUAUUCCUGUGGAUGUCGAGGGGAUAGAGUUGGUAACUGAUGGCCUCGAGUUGCCGUCGGAGCAUGAACCUGUCAGUCUUGGUCCGCUGCGAUUCCAGCAAGUCGCUGUAUUGCUUUGGCCACAGCACGUCGGAGCCACAAAGAUCACCGGCUGUCGAAUCCGGAUGCAAAGCUGCGCUCCUCAGGUCUUCCCUAUCGUGGCUUCAGCUUGGUCGGCCAAGCCAGAACUUACCAUUAAAGGAGUUGGAGUGCAGGCUAGAAGUCGCAAAGCCAGUCCGGGGGACGAGGAAGAUCUCAAAAGUGCUGGGGUCAAUGGUGCGGUCGUAUCAAUUGCAGUGAUCAGCUCCAUACCAACCCUUGAACUCGAGGACAGCUCCCAUAACGAAACAGGGCUGAUGCUCCUCGAAGGCGAGACUCGUUCGUUGACGCUCAGGUUGCGCAAUAUCUCCGCUGUCGACGCUUCCCUCUUCGAUAUGGUCGACACUGCAGAUGUGCUGACGCUUGUGGGAGCGCGACUCUCAGCUGAGUCAAGCAUAAUCGUCAGACCCGGCGAGUGUAGAGCAUUCGAGUUUCAGGUCCGAGGCAAGGCCGGCACGGAGGUCACCGUCGCGAACUUGUACUACGCUGCCAACUCGGAGAGCAUGAAGUAUGCCCGACUGGUCUCUGUGCCGGUCGCCAUGACCGUGAACGCGGCGUUGCAAGUCCCACUGAUUGAGGUUGUGCGGCCGCAAGGGCAUUGGACCGAUGCUGUGGAGCUUCUGCUUGAUUUGCGCAACGCGUGGCCGAAGUCCAUCUCUUUCAAAUGCGCUGCCAAAGGUGUCGACAUGUCUGCUGGAGAGAUUGUCAGCCAGGAAGGAGAGCUGGCGCCGGGCGAAGUUCGUCGCAUUCACCAGGUCAUGCAACACGAUCUUGCGACUUCUCAAUACGAGAACGAUGCUCAGCAAGCCUGCAGGCGAUUUCUCGACAGGCUUCAGCUAGAGUGGCACGUCGAUGGCCGCAGCGGUGUUGUCGAUGUCCAAAGUCUGACGCUUUCACCCGAAUCGGUAGAGCUUGUACGUGGUCACCCGAUUCAUGUGUCGGUCGCGCUGCCCGAUGCGGAGGCUGGAAUCAAAGUCGGCUCCUUUGUUUCCAUCCAAGCAAAGUUGUCGAAUCGCGCGAGCCAAGGGAUGCCUUUGUCUGUGCAGUUGGUGCCCCGAAAUCCACAACUGGACGAUGAUAAGAACAUCGCUGUUGCUGGGAGCCUGCAGCGGAUACUACCUCCACUUGAUCCCAAGGCCAGGACGACGGUGGAGUUUGUUGUGUGUCCGUUGCUGUCGGGCACGACGGAGAUGGAUCUGAUCGUGAGACCGGCGAGACUGUCAAGGUCGGAGACGAUCGAUGGCUGGCAAAGUACACAAGUGGUGUCUUUGGCGGUGAAGCCAGUCGAUAUUGGCCUCGACUUCACCUCGCAGGACUUCUCCUACUGA